AUGGCGGGUGUGACUGUGAUGACACAGGAGGAUUUUGUAUGGAGGUUUGAUCGGGAGUUUGCACCGACCAUAGAGGUGCAACAGCUGGCCGAUUGUCCGAGGUUGUCAGGAGGAGCAGUGGUGGUGCCUGCGCCCGCCACAUUGAGGAUUAUAAAUGGCUGCCAGAGCAAGGCGGAGGCUCCUGCGGUGAAGAGCAGAGUUUUUCAGCUGACCACAGAUAAGGCCCGAGCAGCGCCGGAUGUCUUGACUGAGACCUUUUUGGUCAUUGGAUUGUCGGCUCAUGUUCUUUUUGAUUCGGGGGCUACUCGAUCUUUUGUAUCUCUUGCGCUCAACAAGAAGUUUCGAGACGUUCCGGGGACUUUGGAGUCCCCUCUGGAGGUGGAGAUCGCUAAUGAUCGUACUUUGAGCGUUGCGAGGGUAUUCCGUAAGAGUAUUCAGAACAUGUUCGAUGAGAGGUUUCCUAUUGACUUGGUACUGAUUCCCUUGAAGGGAAUGAAGAUGAUCAUCGGGAUUAACUGGUUGGGGCCCAAUGGGGCCGUAAUUGAUUGUGAGCGACAGUUGGUGAGAGUUCGAACUCCAAGUGGGGGAGAACUAGUCAUUUCUGGUGAGAGAGCUUCACAUGGGCCAACUCUCUAUUCACCAGCGAGGGCUAAGAGGCUUCUUCAACAGGGUUGUUCUGGGUUUCUAGCUUAUGUUUCGGAUUCGAGGGUGGAGACCACGAUAGAGUUGAGCAGGGUACCUAUUGUCCAUGACUUUCCCGAUGUGUUUCCUGAGGAGCUGCCGGGAGUGCCUCUUGAGAGGGAAGUUGAGUUCCGGAUUGAUUUGAUGUCUGGUGUGGCUUCGAUAGUCAAGGCGUCGUAG